AUGCGCGUGACGAGCACAGAAACCUCUUCCAUGCAGCGAGAGAGAUGGAAGGCCUGCAUUGAGGCAGAGUUCCUCGGCAUAGUUAAGUCAACUGUGGAGGCUGCGACUGAAGAGGAAAAGAAGACAUACAAAAAGUCUAGGGAGGGGAGUGUCAGCAUGGAAGGUGGUGCACCGCAACAAAGCGCACGGUUAGUAGAAGACCCUGCGAAUCAGGCUAAAUACGAGGAAUGGACCGAUACCUUGAUCCCCGGAGUCAAUGACAAUAUCACCAAUAUCAAAGUGAAAUCCCUGUACAAUCUCUUGGAAGAGAGCGACCAUGAGCCACCGUGCUGCUGCCGCAAGGAUCAAAGAUGCUCUCAAGUAUUUCUUGAGCCUUCUUUACGUCGAAUGGGAAUUCAAAUGCGGGUAUGGUUCGAGCGAUACCCCAAUUCCUGCCUUUGA